CGUUCCCUUCCUCUUGGCGGGGAGAACUACCUGUCCCGACUCCAGUAAUCCAACCUGAGCUUCCGUGUAGAACAGCUGGAGAGAGACGAAAAAACUAAUCGGUGCUUCGCAGUUCCAAGGCUGGAGAAAAGUAAUACAUGCAAAUAUUUAAGUGUAACAAUUGUUUGUGACAAUGGCAUUUAAUUCAGGUGCACUUACUCAAAGGAGCAUCCCAGUUGAGACUGAUGAGACGUUUUCCGACGUUUAUGCAAGAUACAAAGAGGAAAAUAAGAUAACAGUAGCCAAUCAAAACCAGAAAGUAAGCACUGGACUAUGUGCUACUCAAAGAGAAGUUUGUAGAUAUAAGGGUCCGGACACCCUGGAUGAGAAAUAUCAAAUUGUACAGAAACCAUCUCUCUUCAACAUUGUAUGUAGCCAGGAACAAGCAUCUUGGAAUGCCACAGGUAAUCACAAGUCUUCCUCACAACCACAUUCCCUGGAUCAAGUUCAACUUUCAACUGGAGCAAAUUGUCCUGAGCAGUAUGUUGCUGCAUCUUUUACUGGCUAUACUUUUGCAGAUAAAUUUAUUUCUCAGCAAAUGGCAGAAAAUUCUGUUGUUGGUUCUGCCUUGUACCAGCAACCAAGCAAUAGACCUCCUCUGGAACUGCCAAGUAAAGACACAGGAUAUGGCUCCCAGGCUCAACAAGAUGAGAGUUGUCCCCAGCUGGAUCCUCCAUUGCCCUUGAUGUCAUUCGCCAGUUGUCAAAAUGAUGUUCAUUGCCAUAACCCUCCCAAUGGCCCAUUGGACUUUGAAUUUAAUAAAGGCUCCAUUCCAUUCUGUCAUUGUGGAGUCUUCAGACAAAAUCGCUUCAACCCUUGCCUCUUGUGUGAAGAAGAGAAAAGAAAUCAGUGUAACAUGCAUCAUGUAAAAGAGCAGGGCAUCAACAUAGCAAAUAUGGCUGAUCGAUUAAAUGACCAGCGCAUUCAGCAUACAAUUCAUGACGAGAAUAGUCAUGUUCCUUCUAAUCACAAUGAAAGACUCCAUGCUCCUGCAGUCAUGUCCCAGGUUAGAUUCAUGUCAUCUCCUCACUGUCCAUGGGGCGGCCAACAAGAAAACCAAGGCACUCUAAAGACAAUUAACCUGCCAGAGGAAUGCAGAAAGGUUUUUGUAACCUAUUCUGUCGAUACAAUUCAUGAAAUCAAAACUUUUGUGAAUUUUCUCAGAGUUAAUGGCUUCCAGACAGCAAUUGACAUGUUUGAAGUUGCUGUGAGAGGCAUUGACAUCAUCAAAUGGACAGAUGGUUACCUAAAAGAUAGUUCAGUGGUGAUUAUUGUGGCUGUCAGCCCAAAAUACAAACAGGACACAGAAGGCACAGACCCAUUGACGUUUUCAGAUGAACAUGGAUUGCACACUAGAUAUAUUCACAAAAUGAUGCAGAUAGAGUUUAUACAGCAAGGAAGCAUGAAUUUCAGAUUUGUACCAGUGCUUUUCCCAAAUGCAACUAAAGAGCAUGUCCCUGGUUGGCUUCAGAACACACAUAUCUACAGGUGGCCCAGGGAUGAGAAAAAACUUCUUCUCAGACUACUGAGAGAAGAGGAAUACAUAGCUCCUCCUGUUGGGAAACUGCCUACUCUUCAGAUUAUACCACUUGGAUCUGGCAGAGUUCAGCAGUAAUAGUUUACCAAUUUAAACAUUUCUCAGGAUUAUUUAUCUGAGAUUAAAUAAAUACUACAAGGCACUUCUCUACAUUCUCAUUUGGCUUAUCCUAAUGAGGGACAGUGUGGCAACUUGCUGAGCUCUGUAGGCUAGGCUACUUCUUUCAACCCUUUCUGAGGCUGUAAGUCCAGUCAACAGAUAUAAUUCAUCCAGUGUAUUAUUUUUUCAGUGGGCCAUAUCUUGUGUACCUACUGAAAGAGGUGACCAGUAGGCAUCCUAUCCAAUUACCCAAAAUAUGCAAUGGUUCCACUCAAUCCAGCAAAGCAUUAUUUCUACUCUGAAGUUUUCAUAGCUCAGUCAGGUUUAGUUCAAAAAGGCUAUAUAGAAUGUCUAUGUGGACUCACCACCUACUGUAGAAGGUGAAGGAUGCAUGUUGAGAGCAAAGUUAAUUGGACAACAGACAAGAGUGUGAUAGAUUCAGGACGUAUUCUAGGAAACUAAACUAUAAUAAUGGAAACACCAACAACAAGCCAAACCAUAGGUGGUUAAAUUACUAUACACAGCCAUAUUAGUGUGAAUAUGAUAUGAAAUGGAGUUAGGGGCAUCUAGAAUUUUCCAGGCACUAUCAGUCUACUGUAGAUGGUUGAGAUUUACACAGAUAAUAAUGAGACAGUACCAGAAAUAAUAUGUAUCUCAUUUAACGUAAACUGGAAGAAAAUAGAAGAUUGGUAAAUAGUUUUUUUUUUGGACUUCUACUAGCUGUGGAAAUAAAGUGAAGAAUGGCUAAUCAUACCAUGUUACGUUCUUUCACCACUGAGGCAUAUAAAAAUAAUAAUUGUAGCCGCCGAAGUAUAAGGCGAGCUCAAGCAUGGGUAAAACAUGUGCCAAAAGAAAUCUCUCAGUCCAAAAGUUUGUUUUAAAAGUAUUUAGUGAAAAUUAAAAGCAAAUAAUCCACAGAAAAAUAAAGAAAAAAGUUGUUACACACAUAGAAUAAAAGGCAAAAAAAAGGAAAAAUGUAUCUUCUCUAAACUUUGCUUUUCUUGCGAACCUUUAGUUAUUUCUGUACUUAAAAUUUCUUUACUUCUUCUGUACUUAAAGAUUCUUAACUUCUUCUUCAGUGUGCUUUGAGUGUAUGGCGCAGCACUUAAAUUAAGCGCUUUGUCUUGCAUGUUACACACUCAAAAGGCAUACAGGCACAGUUUAAAACCAUGUGCCCUCUACACCUUACACAUGGUAAGGCUGGUCACUAACUGAGAAUAAUGUUUAGUCAGAGCAGUUAGAAAUGGCUAGAAUAUACCAAUUCAAUUCUACUUUUGGGGAUUAUAGGAACCUCCCAUAGAUUAUGCAUUGUCAUUUAGUAAAACAUUUACGAAUCUUACGUAACUAGGAAAUGGCUCUUACAAUAAUAACAAUACAUUUUAUUCAUAUAGCACCUUUCCCAUUCUCAAUCUAAAUGCUCUUCUUGCACAAGUGCAAAAACGGAUGAUUGUGUUUCCUGCAUGGCAUCUUGCCUAUAGCAUGGAACACUGUAAAUUUUCAAGUAGCUAUUCUUUUGAACAUUCUCACAGUUGGGACAGUUCUUAUGGUGCAAACAUCUAGCAGCUGUUGGUGUUCUGUUCCUAUUCCUUAUGCCUUUACAUAUAAAUAACACCAUUUACAUGUACUGUAUGUUGUUUACUUAACACAUUCUUAGUUGUUUCCAGUUUUUCUGUAAUCUAAUGUGUACAUUGUCACUUAAAUUGUUCUAAAUAUAUAUAUAUAUGCAUAUUAAUCUAUCUGACCUAAUUACUAUAAUCAACAUUACUAUUUAAUUUCUUCCCGCAAAAAAUAGCCUUAUCUUUUAAUCAAAAUGUUUAUCUUUGCAUGAAAACAGUCUCUGUAAGGUACUAAUAAAAUAAAAUGGAUGCUUUUUCGUAAAAGGUUUUCAUCCCAGAGAUUAAAUUUUUUUAAAAUUUAAAUUAA